AUGUAUAUUUCAUCCUUUUCUCUUUCCCUCUCUAUAUUUCUAUUGACGUUAACCCUUCUUUGCUACCAUCUCAAACCUUUUCUUCUUUUCCUCUCUCUUUUAUAUUUCUCCGACUCUUUUUCACUCCAUUCUCUUUUCCUCUCCAUAUUUCUUUAUUAUACCAUCUCAGUCCUUUCUCUUUCCCUCUCUAUAUUUCUGUUGACGUUAUUAUACCAUCUCAGUCCUUUCUCUUUCCCUCUCUAUAUUUCUGUUGAAGUUAUUAUCCUCCAUUCUUUUCCUCUCACUGUUGAGAUAUUGCCAUCUCACCUUUCUCUUUCCCUCUCUAUAUUUCUGUUGAAUUAUUAUACCAUCUCAACCCUUUCUCUUUCUCUCUCUAUAUUUCUAUUGACGGUAUUAUACCAUCUCACCCCUUUCUCUUUCCCUCUCUAUAUUUCUGUUGACGUUAUUAUACCAUCUCAGUCCUUUCUUACUCCUUUCUCUCUUCCCUUCUCUAUAUUUCUUUAUUAUACCAUCCAUCUUCCCUCUCAAUAUUUCUGUCCGUUAUUUUCUCUUUCCCUCUCUAUAUUUCUGUUGACUUUUAUUAUACCAUCUCAGUCCUUUCUCUUUUCUCUCUAUAUUUCUAUUGACGUUAUUUUUACCAUCUCACCUUUCUCUUUCCCCUUCUAUAUUUCUAUAUUUCUAUAUUUUGUUGACGUUAUUAUACCAUCUCACCCCCCUUUUUUCUCUUUCCGAAGUUAUUAUACCAUCUAUAUUUCCUCUCUAUUGACGGUUAUUAUACCAUCUCAUGUCAUCCCUUUUCUCUUUCCUCUCUAUAUUUCUAUUGACGGUAUUAUACCAUCUCACCCUUUUCUUUUCCCUCCAUUUUCUGUUGACGGAUACCAUCUAACCCUUCUUUGUCCAUUUCUAUUGACGAAAAUAAUCACUCCUUCUCUUUCCCUCUCUAUGAGAUCGAAGUAUUUUAAAUUAUCUCAGUCCUUUCUCUUUCCCUGGGAUAUUUCUGGGACGUUAUUUAAAGUCCUUUUUUCCUUCUAUAUUUCUGUUGACGUUAUUAUACCAUCUCAUCUCUUUCUCUUUUCCCCUUUAAGAAAUAUUUAUACCAUCUCAACCUUUCGACUUUACCCUCAAUCUAUAUUUCCUUGUAAUUAUACCAUCUGUCCUUUUCUUUCCCUCUCUAUAUUUCUGUUGACGUUAUGGAAAAAUGACGCUCUUUGUUUCCCCUGUUAUGACUUAUUAUACCACACCCCUUCUCUUUCUCUCUCUAUAUUUCUAUUGACGCUGAACUAUAUUUCUGUUGACGUUAUUAACCAUCUAAUGAUUUCUUGCUAUUAUUAUACCAUCUCAACCCUUUCCCUUUUUUAUUUUCUGUUGAACGUUAUUAUUCCAUCACCCCUUUCUCUUUCCUUCUCUAUAUUUCUGUUGACGUUAUUAACCAUCUCAGCUGUUGAAGUUAUACCAUCUCCCACUUUCUCUUUUCCUGUCUCUAUACGACGUUAUUAUACCAUAGGAUAUAUUUUCAUUUACAUACCAUAUUAUUCUCUUCCUUCCAUAUUUCAGUUCUCAACCCCUUUCCCUCUCUAUAUUUCUGUUGAAAACCAAUCCUCCAGUCCUUUCUCUUUCCCUCUCUAUAUUUCUGUUGACUCUUUUCUUUCCCUCUCUAUAUUUCUGAUGAAAUUAUUAUACCAUCUCAAACCUAAUUUCCAUCUCUAUAUUUUUUGGAAGUAUUAUAUUCUCAUCCCUUUCUCUUUUUCCCUCUCUAUAUUUUCUGUUGACGUUAUUAUACCAUCAUCCUUUCUCUUUCCCUCUCUAUAUUUCUUCCUUUCUAUUUCCCCUCUAUAUUUUGUUAAGUUAUUAUUCCACCUUUCUCAUUCCUUCUUUAUAUUUCUGUUGAAGAUAUUUGAAUCUUUCCUUCUCUAUAUUUCUGUUUUAUUAUACAUCUCAACCCUUUCUCUUUCCUUUCUAUAUUUGGUUGGUAUUAUGUAUUUUCUCUCUAUAUUUCUGUUGACUCCUUUCUCUUUCCCUCUCUAUAUUUCGUUGACGGUAAUAUACCAUCUCAGUCCUUUCUUUCUCUCUCUAUUUCUGUUGAAGUUAUUAUACCAUCUCAGUCCCUUUCUCUAUAUUUCUGUUGAAGUUAUUUACCAUCUCUUUCUCUUCUCUCUCUAUAUUUCUGUUGAAGUUAUUAUACCAUCUCAACCCUUUCUCUUUCCCUCUCUAUAUUUCUAUUGA